GCAUGCGACAGUACGUGGAUAUAUACAUGGUUUGGUGACUAUUGAUGUUCAGAAUGAAAAUAAUGACAAGCUUUCAAAACAAACGACAGAAGACAUUCAGAUGAACAUUAAGAAGUUACUAAAUUGUCAUAAAACUAAAAGGUUUCCUGCUAUUCAACGUGGUGGAAAAAUUGAUCGUUAUGUUCCAACAGCUGUUGAUCUUCUUGUCGAAUAUGAUUUUGAUGAGUGUGUUUAUGAAACCAAUUCGCCGUACCAAAAUAUUAAAAUAAUGCAUUCCCAACAGUUUGGCAAUAUGUUAUUGCUUGAUGACGAUCCAA